ACGAAUACAUCUAGAUCAAAAUCCAUGGCGGCAAGCCGACCGAUGAGAGUGGCACCCCCCUGAAAAUCCUGCCUAGCUCCGCCACCGCCACUGCCGUCGUCCAUGGCCAGCCGAGCGAAGCUGCUCCACGCGCACUACCUGGUGGCCGGGCUCCGCGACCCUGACAAGUGGACCUGCCUCGUCAAGGAGUACGCCUCCAAUGCCUUCCUCCGGGAUGCCGCCCUCGUCUACGCCAAGCACCUGCUCCGCCAGACGCACCACCUGCCCCUCCUCCCCGUCCUCCUCAAGGCCGCCGGCUCCCGCGCCGAGCCCGGCCUCGGCAGGUCCCUCCACGCCGAGGCCAUCAAGUCCGCGUUCGACGGCGAGCUGCUCGUGGGCACCACGCUGGUGUCCAUGUACUGCAAGUGCGGCCUCCUCGCGGACGCGCGCCGCGUGUUCGACGGAAUGCCGGGCAGGAACGUCGUCACCUGCAACGCGAUGCUCGCCGGGUACGCCGCGGCGGGCGACACGCGGCGGGCGGAGGCGCUGUUCGGCAGCAUGGGCUCCCGGACGUCCGUCACGUGGGCGACGAUUAUCCGCGUGUUCGCCGAGAAGGGGGACAUGGACGGGGCAAGGAGGUGGUUCGACGCGACGCCCAUGGGCAUGCGUACCGUCGUCACGUGGACCGUGCUCGUGCACGGCUACGUGGCCGCCGGGGAUAUGGAGACCGCGAGGGAGCUGUUCGACGCCAUGCCCGCGAGGAACGUGUUUGUGUGGUCGUCGAUGGUCACCGGGUACUUCAAGGCCGGCGAUACCGAUGAGGCGCGGGCCAUGUUUGACAGGGUUCCGGUGCGGAACCUGGUGAGCUGGAACGCGCUGAUUGCCGGGUAUGCACAAAUUGGGCGCUCCCAGGAGGCGUUGCAUGCUUUUCACUCGAUGUUGGAGGACAGGAUCAAGCCGGACGAGUUCACCAUGGCUAGCGUGCUGUCUGCCUGCGCGCAGCUCGGGUCGCUAAAGCAAGGGAAGAAGGUUCAUGACUUCUUGGACCGGAAGCGUAUACGGAAGAACCACUUCGUUUUGAAUGGCCUGGUUGACAUGUACGCGAAGUGCGGCGACCUCGAAUAUGCGCGCAAGGUGUUCGACGGCAUCCAAUGGAGGAAUACAGAAUGCUGGAACUCGAUGAUCUCCGCACUUGCAAGCCAUGGACGGAGUGAGGAGGCGAUACGGCUGUUUUCCCAGAUGGAGUGCUCGGAGCAGAAGCCCAAUGGGGUCACACUCCUCGCCGUGCUUGGAGCUUGUACCCACAGAGGGUUUGUGGAGGAAGGUCUAAGAAUUUUCAACAGUUUGGGCGUGUAUGGAGUUGCUGCCGGAGAGGAGCAUUACGGUUGCCUGGUCGAUCUCCUGGGCCGUGCAGGAAGACUCGAGGAAGCUCAUGCGGUUGUCAAGAACAUGGCGAUGGAGCCUAACGAGGUCAUCUGGGGCGCUCUUCUCGGAGCUUGCAGAGUGCAUGACAAUGGGGAGAUGUCUGAACGGGUGUCAAAUGAGAUCAACCAGUUGCGCUCUGAUGGUGCAUCGACUAAUGAUGCAGAUCACAUCAUGCUGUCAAAUAUCUUGGCCGCGUCCGAGAGGUGGGAACAGGCAGAGCGCGUCAGGAGAAAGAUGGCAAACCAUGGGGUUGAGAAGACUCCAGGUUGCAGUUCAGUUGAGCUUUGACAUUCCUGAACACAAAGUGUUUUGCAGACAGCAGUACAUUACAUCCACUGUAAGUUCAUUUCAUUUCAUCUCAGGUGCUUUGGUACAAAACUCAUGCUAGUUGCUACACUUCAUUAACUAGAAAAUUCACUGAUAGUA